AUGGCCGAGCCGACAAACACGACCACGCCUGAUCAGAUCCUCGCUGACGUCCCUGGCAAGUGGGAGAAGGCGAAGGAGAGCGGGGAGCUGCUCUUCUUCCCCUCCACUGAGCGCAUCGUCCCGGGCGACUUUCCGUUCCAGAUCCGGCUGUGCCCCGCGCUUGCGCAGAAGCCGACCAGCAGCGAGGACGAGAAGAAGGAUGACAAGCUCAAGGCGUCGCCGUUCCAGCCGCCAUACAUCCCCGAGCUGUACGUCGGGUGUCUCGAGGGCAUUGACGGCGAGAAGAACAUGUCUGUGCUGCUGAACAAGUUCUCCGUUGCGCCGCACCACUUCCUCCUCUGCCCCGUUGAGGACGAGCCGCAGUCCCUGCCCCCGACGCCGCCCGAGCUCGCGCGCACCUACUCCCUCGUCCAGGCUGCCAGGAAACGCGGCAAGAGCCUGCUCGCGUUCUACAAUGGCGGGCCCGGCGCCGGUGCGAGCCAGACGUGGCGCCACGUCCAGUUCACCGAGGGCGAGGCGCCUGUCGAGAGCUGGGUGAGGAACGUGACGUUUGAGCGGAAGGGUGAGUCCAAGGCGAACGGACUAAUCCCAGAUCGUGCGAUCGUGCACCCCGACCUGCCAUACCUGCACAUCAUCCAUCCCCUCCCCGACUGCCCGUACCCCCCGACACCGGACCAACUGACCGAGCUGGCGGACAAGCUGGCGCCGGUACUGAUGCGAUCCCUCGACCUGGCGUUUGACGCGCUGCGCCGCGCGGGGCUGGACAAGAGCCAGGGCUGGAACCUGCUCAUGACAGAUGCGCCCAACUACGCCCUCCCCGGCUCAGGGGGCACGCUCGAAGUCAACGCGCUCGGCUAUGCGGGGCAGUUGCUCGUCAAGUCCGAGGAACAGUCCGCGGCCCUCGACGAGGUGGCCAAGGAGAAGGACGGGCUCACGAACAUUCUGCUCAAGUGCGGCCUGGACCGCAAGUAUGGCGAGGAGGCGCUCACGCAGGACGCGACGCAGCAUGGGGGUGCGGGCUCUGCUUUGGAGUUGCUCGACGCUAGCGAUCCUAGCGAUGCUAGCGGUGCUAGCGGUGAGCCUAAGACUGAGACUGGGAAGAGGUCGCGUCUGUAA